GGGUAGGCUGUGUGUUUUUUCACUUGGGCUCAUUUAGCCGGUCAGUUGAAGUACUUUCAAGCCGCCAUGUCGAACUUUAAACCCUUCGUUGUAGCAGUUCUUCUGGCGUUUCUCCCUUUCGUAUUUAGCGAAGACUGCAAGAGAUUGGAUGGCUUUUGGUACAAUCAGUUAGGCUCAGAGAUCUUACUAAAGCACUCGAAUGAUGGGAAAUUGGUCGGAGAGUAUCGAACAGCGGUGGAGCGUCAGCGUGGCUCCUCGGGCGGCGAUCAUUCUAUCAUUUUAGGUGCCGCACCACUUGAUAGCCCUGGUUCAACAUUUGCAUUUGCUGUUGUUUGGAAAAAUGGCUCAUCGACUACAGUGUGGACAGCACAGUGCAUCAAAUGUAGUGAUGGCCAUGAGAAGAUCCUAACAUCAUGGCUGCUUCGCUCUCAAGUUGACACAUGUGUCGACAAGUGGAAAUCCACCAUGAUUGGCAGAGAUGUUUUUACUCGUUAUGAACAGGUGCUAGGUCCAAGGAAGCAGGGCAUAGACCCUACAUCAUUGCCAACAAUAUCCACAGAUUUCAAGACCUUAAAGUUCACCCCUAGAAGCCCUUGCAGUCUACACGGAACCUGGUACAAUGAUGUGGGGUCUCAGAUGAUCCUUAAACAAGACUACGAGGGGAUUAUCGUUGGUGAGUACCGCACAGCGGUGGAACUUGAAAAGAAUGCUGCUGGAAGCACCCACUCGCAAGUCUUUGGGAUUGGAACAAAUGGCAAUGUAAACAGCACUUUUGCGUUUUUUGUAGUAUGGCGUGGUGGUGCUUCUGUUACAGGAUGGGUUGGGCAGUGUCAUAUUUGUGGAUCCAAUAAAACAGAGCAAAUAGAGGCAUCAUGGCUACUCAAGAGUAAAAUCUCUUCUUGUGAUGACAACUGGAAGUCUACCCUUUAUAGUGAGAGUAGUUUUACCAUGGUGGGGCAAAAGGAAGGUCCCCGUAAGGAGCUCGGUACACACACCCCUAACAGGGAUGGAGAGGAUGAUGGUAAACCAUGUGGCUCUGCUGUGGUGAUGUCUGUUAGUUAUAUUAUGUGUGCUUUUGUUUUAGCCCUCAACAAUAUCAUUUAGGUAAUAUAUUCAGAAGUUGUAAUGAUUUUUAAAAAAUAACUAAAACCUUAAAUUAUUCUAGACUUUUGAUCUGGUUAAAUUCUACAAAAGUAAAUGGAAACACAAACCUGUUUCAUGUAACGUGUAAGCUUGCAGCUCAUAUUUCCCAGUUUCAUAAUUCAGAUUUUUACACUGUGUAACAAAUUGCAAAAGUCCAUAAGGAAACCUAGCAAUCGAUUUACUGUUGUCUUUUAUACAAUAUUUCUAUUAAAUCUUAUAUUAGAUGUUGACAAAAACUAGAUAUUAUCUGUUGACAAAAGCAAGAGCAUUUCCUAUUAAAAAACAUGGCAAAUAUGGAUAAUCAAGGAAUAUAAAAAACAUGAAUGAAUCAUGCCUUUUGGUUUCAGGUUGCAUCUAGUUUUGUUUACUAUAAUAAUAGCAUAUUUUUCAACUGCAACUUAAUAUGCAUGAAAAAUAGAGGUUUGAGUAGGGAACCAGGGAAUUUUGGUCUUAUGCAUGGGCAGAUCUAGGGGUGGGCCUAGCAGAUCCCAGACCCCCUAUUUCCAGAUGUUUGGCUUAAAAUUAACAAGAAACAUAAGGAAACCCAUGCAAGAACAACAAAUCCCUCCCCCUUUACUGAAACCAUUGCUUUGACACCCCCUUGUUGUAGCUCCUGGAUCUGCCCCUGUUAUGGGCUCAGAUUGUUACAUGAUUGUCUAAUUAUUCCAUGUCCUGAACUUAUAAAAGUUAAUCUUGAAACUCCUGAACUCAUUUUUUAUUCCUUGUGAGUUUACAAUAUUUUUUAAUUGUUUAUUUUUGUACAUUCACUAAUAUUUAUGUAAGAAACACUGGUACUGUUUAUAUUUAUUACUUUAUAUUAGGUUAUUUGAAAUAAAAGCUGGACAAAUUGGU